UGUCAUCUGUCAUAAGUGUCAUUGGGUUGUUCAGCUAACCGAGCUAACCUCUUUCAAAGAAGGGUUUUGUGAUCAUUAACUUUUCUGUUCCGAAAACAAAAUGAUUUUCAACAACAUCAUUAACAUAUUGGGUCAUUUAAGGCCAACAACAGUGGCGGGUGGUGCAUGGAACUUACAAAUCCGAACCAAUAUCCGAAACCAUUUUCCGCGAGCCAAAGAACACAAACGUGUAGUAACUCACGGUUGGAACAAAUUAAUGUCGACACCUGGAGGCCGAAAAGUCUUAAUGAGACGAAUUCUGAAAGGGCGGCACGUUCUGUCGCAUUAAGUUAUGUUCGACAAACACAUAGCCCCAUUGUAGACACCAGAGAAUUGUAAAGUUUAAAUUAAGUCGUAAUUUAGUGGAGCUUCGGCGAUUUGUUUUGUAAUUUACUUGGGAAAUAAAAUGUCCGAAAGUCAACCAAAUC